AUGGAUUCAGCGAGAUUAAGCAGGCAGAUACCAGCAGGAUUUAGUCGAAAGUGCUUGCAGGUAGCAAGGGAGAAGGAGGAGAAGCAGGAAGUGGAAACGACGGAGAUGGUCCGCAUGAUCGGCGAUGAAUUCCUCACGGAGGAGCGGGACCGAAAAUACUACGCCGAUCACUAUACAUGCUGCCCACCACCUCUCUUCAUCAUCCUCAUCACCCUCGUGGAGCUUGGUUUCUUCACGUAUUACACAGUAGCGAUGGGUGAGGUGAAUCCCUCCGGGCCAGUGCCGAUCGACAGUGUCUUUAUUUACAGACCAGACAAGCGGCUCGAACUCUGGAGGUUUGCCUUCUACAUGUUCCUGCACGCUGGGUGGCUUCACCUGCUGUUUAACCUGGGGGUACAGGUGGUCGUGGGACUUCCCUUAGAAAUGGUUCACGGAAGCCUGAGGAUCGCCGCGGUUUACAUGGCCGGGGUUCUUGCCGGUUCGCUGGGCACGUCGGUAUUCGACACGGACGUGUACCUCGUCGGAGCGAGCGGAGGCGUUUACGCCCUUCUAGCGGCGCAUCUAGCCAACGUCCUUCUGAACUAUAACAAUAUGGAGUUUGGGAUAGUUCGGCUCAUCGGCAUCUUCGUCAUCGCCAGCGCCGACGUGGGCUUUGCGAUCUACGACAGAUACGCCGCGGAACAGAUGGGUCCGCCAGUAUCGUACGUCGCCCACCUGACGGGCGCCCUGGCGGGCCUAACGAUCGGCCUCCUGGUACUGAAGAACUUCGAGCAGCGGCUGCACGAGCAGUUACUCUGGUGGGUUGCCUUGGGUGUCUACGCCGCCUGCACAAUCUUCGCGAUCAUGUACAAUCUGAUGCACCCCGACUAUCCAUGACGCGAGGUCAGCUUCGCGUACGGCCAACCGAGGCACACGUAACGCGAAGCUGAUCGCCCUUGGAAGAAAAAGAAGAAGAAGAAACGAAGGAAAAGAUGGGAGAGACCGUCAUCGAGCAACGUCGACGGAGAUUUUCAAGUAUCCCGAACUCUCAAUAACACACUAGACCGUGAGCUAAAUCGUUCCCAAAACACCAAAAGCGAAGGAUACGUAAGGAACGAGAGUUACGCGACGGAGUCGUCGACAGUUGUUCUCCUCGAAGAACGUGACUUCGAUCACUUUCCGUGCGAAAAGGAUCGCGUAAUAGUUUCGUAGUACAUAUAUUUUCUUCCAAGCCGGCCUGUUCGCGCGCGACAGUCAAGAGAGACAGAGCGCUUGUCGAAAAGAAGCGACA